AUGAGCGCGAUCAGAAAGAAACUUGUGAUCGUCGGAGAUGUUGAGGUCAGCGAGACGCGUAGUCUAAGCGUGUUCAGCGAUGGUGAGCUUGCGGAGGACUCUGUGUCCACUGUCUUCGAGAACUACGUCAACACCACCGAGGUCAGGCUUGGCGUGGCCUUGUGGGACACAGCGGGGCAGGAGGACUAUGACCGGUUGCGACCUCCGUGGCACCGCGACAGAGACGUGGUCUUGAUGUGCUUCAGCAUCGACUUGCGAAAGUUCCCGGACAACUCGGAGUCAGGGAGGCGUGAGGUGCGCUACUUCUUGCCUCAGCGUGUACGUCAUCCUUGCUGGAUGCUGAAUCCCCGCAACUUCUCGCUCACGUUACCCGACCCAGCCAUGACGAAGCAGAAGCACGCUGCUCAUCACGAAGGACGUGCUUUGGCAGAAGAGAACAACGCCUACGGCUCACCUGGCAUCCUCCGCCAAGACCAACGAUGGUGUGUGGGAGACGUGCGAUAG